CUUCAGAUCAAGUUCGUUUGGAAUUGUGCAGUAGAUAUUUCGCUUUUUGGUUACCUUUUUCAACAGAAUUUUCUUUGCACUAUGGCCGACAACUCAAAGCAAGAGAAGAAAAUCAAGAAGCCUUCCUCUUACGUCCUCAAACGAAAUGGAAAAGAGGAGGAAAUCAAUCUGAACAAAGUCACUGCCAGGAUUAAAAAGCUUGGUUAUGAGCUCUCUGAUUUUGUCGACACGUUUGAGAUUGUCAAGAAGGUAAUUGAUGGCAUCUACCCUGGUGUAGCCACAACUCAGCUGGAUAUACUUGCAGCUGAGAUUGCUGCCUCCAUGACAACCAUACAUCCUGACUAUGCUGUCCUUGCAGCCAGGAUUGAGGUUUCUAAUCUUCACAAAGAAACGAAGAAGAUUUUCAGUGAGGUAAUGACAGAUCUCUAUAACUAUGUCAACCCAAAGAAUGGUAAACAUUCUCCGCUGAUCUCCAAGGAAACUUAUGACCUCAUAAUGGAGAAUGCCGAUAGAAUUGACUCGGAGAUCAUUUAUGAUCGUGACUACCAAUACAACUACUUUGGUGUUAAGACAAUGAUGAGGUCUUACCUGCUCAAAAUCAAUGGCAAAGUUGCUGAACGACCACAGCACAUGUUGAUGAGAGUUGCACUUGGAAUUCAUCAGACUGACAUUGAAGCAGCAAUUGAAACAUACAAACUGUUAUCAGAGAAGUGGUUUACGCAUGCAUCACCGACCCUGUUCAACGCUGGUACAUGUAAACCUCAACUGUCCAGUUGUUUUCUUGUGACCAUGACAGAUGACAGCAUUGAUGGUAUUUAUGACACACUGACACUUUGUGCUAAGAUAUCCAAGGCUGCAGGUGGAAUUGGAAUCAACGUGCAUAACAUCCGGGCUUCUGGAAGCUACAUUGCUGGGACCAAUGGAGUCUCAAAUGGUCUUGUUCCAAUGUUGCGUGUGUACAAUGCCACAGCCAGGUAUGUAGAUCAAGGAGGCAACAAGAGGCCUGGUGCCUUUGCCAUAUAUCUGGAGCCUUGGCACAGCGAUGUUUAUGAUUUCUUGGAACUGAGAAAGAACACUGGCAAAGAGGAGCAGCGUGCUCGUGAUCUUUUUUUUGCAUUGUGGAUCCCUGACUUGUUCAUGAGGCGUGUUGAGAAGGAUGAGAUGUGGUCACUAAUGUGUCCUAAUGAGUGUCCUGGAUUACAGGACUGUUGGGGUGAGAAAUUUGAAGAGCUCUAUGUCAGGUAUGAGGAACAAGGAAAGUUUCGGAGACAAGUCAAAGCACAGAAUCUUUGGCAGGCAAUCUGUCAAUCACAGAUUGAGACAGGCACACCUUACAUGCUGUACAAAGAUGCAUGCAACAGGAAAAGUAAUCAGCAGAAUGUUGGAACAAUCAAAUGCAGCAAUCUGUGCACUGAAAUUGUUGAGUACAGCUCUCCAGAUGAGGUUGCUGUCUGUAACUUAGCAUCUCUGGCACUUAACAAGUUUGUUGUAACCAAUGGAGGGGGCCGACCCACAUACAAUUUCCAAAAACUUUUUGAGGUUACCCAGGUGGUAACACGCAACUUGAACAAGAUUAUUGACAUCAACUAUUACCCAGUGAAGGAGGCUGAAAAAUCCAACAAGAGACACAGGCCCAUUGGUAUCGGAGUUCAGGGAUUGGCUGAUGCCUUCAUUCUAAUGAGAUAUCCAUUUGAAAGUGAAGAGGCCAGAGAUAUGAACAGGAAAAUAUUUGAGACAAUCUACUAUGGGGCUCUGACAGCUUCCUGCAAACUGGCUAAAGAAAAAGGGACGUAUGAGACUUACCAAGGGUCACCUGCAAGCCAAGGGAAACUUCAGUAUGAUCUUUGGAAUGUCACUCCAUCUGAUUUCUGGGAUUGGGCAGCUCUCAAGGCAGAAAUAAAAAAGUAUGGAUUAAGGAAUAGUUUGUUGAUUGCACCAAUGCCAACAGCUUCCACUGCACAGAUCCUUGGCAACAAUGAGUCUUUUGAGCCUUACACGAGUAACAUCUACACUCGACGCGUUCUCUCAGGAGAGUUUCAGAUUGUAAACCAUCAUCUGUUGAAGGACUUGACUGAAAGAGGACUCUGGAAUGAGACUUUGAAGCACAAAAUCAUAGCUGCAAAUGGAUCCAUUCAGCACAUUGAUGAGAUCCCUGAUGACUUAAAGCCUUUGUACAAGACAGUUUGGGAAAUUUCUCAGAGAACUCUUGUGGACAUGGCAGCAGACAGAGGAGCUUUCAUUGACCAGAGCCAGUCCUUCAAUGUGUUCUUUGCUGAACCCAGUUAUGGCAAGCUAACAAGCAUGCAUUUUUAUGGCUGGAAAAAGGGCCUGAAGACUGGAAUGUACUACUUGCGUUCACGCCCUGCUGCUAAUGCAAUCCAGUUUACAGUUGAUCAAGAAACCCUCAAGAAGACAGCUAAAACCAAAAAGGAGAACACAGAAGUCUUGGCGUGCUCUCGGGACAAUCCUGAUUGCUUAAGCUGCAGUGGAUAAAUGAAAAACUGCUUUGUGCUUCUCACUAACUUAACAAACCACCCCAGAUAUCCUAGCUUGCAUGUACUAUGGCAACCUUUUUUUAAAAAAUAAUGCACUUUCUGAUAAAUUGCUACAACUGUAGUAAGCAACAAUUCUAUUUCCUAAAACCUCUCAUCAUAAGUAUAUCAUAGUUCUACUUUCACCUAGUUGCAAUAACAUCAAAGAGAAAGUAAUUUUAAAAAAAAAGGAAAAAAUCCAAAUGGGAAUUAUCAGAAUAAAAAAUUUCCUUACUUUAAAUUACAAGUUAAGUUUAUUUAAGUUAACUGAGACAGAUCUCCUAGAUUUAUUCGUUAAAUAUAGUAAUUUCCAGACUCCACCCUAUAUAAGAUGAAUGAUAAGUAUCUGCAAAAUCAAUUCCUGUGUGGGUUUUUCCUUGUUUACGUUUAGCUUUUUUUCCCAUGAAAAUGUCUCUGCAUUUAGGUGUAGAUCAGUAAACCGAAGACCAUGUAUCUUUGCAAAAGAAUAUCUUAAUAAUUUAUUUUUCUAUUACUGUACAAUCAACUGAUUUAAUGAGCAAAGUGAGGUAAAGUCACAACCGAAAAAAACGACUAUUUUUGUGUUGUAAUGUAUAUUAGGAAUGGACUGUACUAAAGACACACGCUGACCUUGCAGGCCUACAAUGUAAUUUAAGUAAUUUUUGUGAUUGCACAAUAAUACUCAAACACAGAGUGUACAUAUCAUUGUAACUUUUUUACAUGAUCAUUGUCUUCCCCAAAUCUCACCAAAAACCCUGAUAGUAAAUAUUAUACCCAGGGAAUGUCAAAAAUAAACAAUUAAAAGCUUUGCAUUCUGUUCUUGAAAA